AUCAAGCAGCGCCCCAGCCUAUCGACCAGCGCAUACCCAUUUAAACGCUUGCACUAUCCCGGGAACUUCGCUGGUGGAGCUCAGCAUGUAAAGGCGGCCCGAGAAGAGGAAUUACCUAGAAUGUCAGCGCUGAAGAAGGUGUUGCCAGCCAUACUGCAGAAACAUUGCUGUAUCUUACCUGACAGGAAUAAAGGUGUGAAGAGCUUGCUGGUGAAAUUGAAGAGCAGAGAGAUUUACUCAGGAGGCGGUGCCGUCUGCCUGCACCUGACAUUCAGCAAACUGCCAUGAGGUGGUGCUGUGUGUCUGGAGGAAGCAUCGCAGUGUUCCCAACCGAGCGGAAGUGUGACCGGCGCACGUCUGCCAGCACGGCAUUCCGGGAUCGCCAUCCGUUUACGUUUGGAUACCAGCAGUAUUCAUGGUCCCCGUUGCGGCACUUCGAUGAAGACAGUCCGUCGCCCCCGGCCGGGAGCAUGAAGGGUCUCUCGGGUGGUCGAGUGGUGACCCAGACUGCACCGGGGCACACCUGCCUGCUGGCCGAGUGCGAGCACCCCCAGGACCUGGGUCUGCAUCACGGGCCCGAGCCACGGCCAACCUACCUACUGAGCCCUGUCGACGGUUGUCCCACCGAAUUGCGCCGCUGCUCACCGCGCAGCUCUGUCCACUCCGACUGCACGGCGAUGCCUGCCGGCGCACCCGGUGACCACGUCUCCAGCAGCACUUUCCCGCGCAUGCACUACAGCUCGCACUACGACGGCGGCGGGGGGACGCGGGACGACGGCGCUGUGGUGCCCUCACACGGCAGCGGCAAGAUGAAUCGCAUCCCCGCCAACCUGCUGGACCAGUUCGAGAAGCAGCUGCCGUUGCACCGAGAUGGCUUCCACACGCUGCAGUACCAGCGCGCCUCGGCGGCAGAGCAGCGUGGCGAGAGCCCCGGCCGCAUCCGGCACCUGGUCCACUCUGUGCAGAAGCUCUUCACCAAGUCCCACUCGCUGGAGGGCUCCUCCUCAAAGAUGAACGGCAGCAAGGGCGAUGGCCACCACCACGAUCACCACAGCCACCACCACGGCAGCCACCACGGGCACCACAAGCAUGGUAGGCGGAGCAAGAGCAAGGAGCGCCGGUCCGACGGCAAGCACCGGCCUGGUGGAGGCGGCUGGUGGAGUUCCGAUGACAACCUGGACAGCGACAGCACGUACCGGACACCCAGCGUCCUCAGCCGCCACCAUGCCAACCAUGCCGGCCACUGCUACCCUGAGGUGGGCCCGGGUCGCUUCACUGAGCUCGCCCUCAAAACGUCCCGCAGUAACAACGACGUCAAAUGCUCUGCCUGCGAGGGCCUGACGGCCGCGCCGGAGGGCCGCUUCAUGAAACGCAGCUCCUGGUCCACGCUCACUGUCAGCCAGGCUAAGGAGGCCUACCGCAAGUCUUCACUCAACCUGGAGAAACCAAUGAUGCCCCAGGACCUCAAGCCCUCCCUGAGGUCCUGCCAUUACCUGCAGGUGCCCCAGGACGAGUGGGGGGGCUACCCGGGGGCCGGCAAGGAUGAGGAGAUUCCCUGCCGGAGGAUGAGAAGCGGCAGCUACAUCAAGGCCAUGGCCGAUGACGACAGCGGCGAGUCUGACGGCAGCCCAGCCACCUCACCCCAGAAGUCCAUCCGGCCCGAUGCACUCGUUAAGGCCGUCGUGCAGCGCCCCCUGCUGGACCCUCAGAGUUUGUGGCCUUUGGAUAAAAAGAACGGAGACGUGACUAACUACAUCACCAACUUUGCGGCGGAUUUAAGUCAGAACUACCAUCUGCAGGCGGCCCGCGACCUGCACCACAACCUCACACUGGACGCAACGGCAAACUACAACUCGCCCAAGUUCCGCUCGCGCAACCAGAGCUACAUGCGGGCGGUGAGCACACUGAGCCAGGCGAGCUGUGUGAGCCAGGUGAGUGAGACUGAGGUCAAUGGCCAGUUUGAGUCGGUUUGCGAGUCCGUUUUUAGCGAAGUAGAGUCUCAGGCCAUGGAGGCCUUGGACCUGCCGGGCUGUUUCCGCACCCGAAGCCACAGUUACCUGAGAGCCAUUCAGGCUGGGUUCUCCCAGGACGACGACUGCCUCCCCUCAAUCGCCUCGUCUACUGUGACCUCCACUAUCAGAUCCACAACAGGGAUCCAGUUCCGCCUCCCUACUUCCUGUGCCGCGGACAGAACGUCCCAGCAACCUCCAGCGGUAACGUACACCCCCAGCUUUAAGAAGACCCCCCCACCAGUGCCACCACGCACCACCUCUAAGCCCCUCAUCUCCGUGACGGCCCAAAGCAGCACCGAGUCCACCCAGGAUGCCUACCACGAGGGUCGGCUGGCCCACGGCGCCCUGUGGCCGCCGGACAGCCUGGGCCGGAGCCUCUACAACUCAACGGACAGUCUGGACAGUGCCAAAGCGGUGACCAUCGCCAUGGAGACGGCCGCAGGCCUGAGACACCCUUCCACGGACAGCCAUAGCUCGGUGCUCACUUGUGACAAGGCCGUGCUGGUGUCCAAGGCCGAGGAGUACCUCAAGAGCCGGCGUUCCUCCAUCGGGAUCCAGGUGGAGGCGGCAACUGACUCUGAGUCUGAGAGCCGGGAGCUGCGGGAGUACCAUUCAGUGGGGGUCCAGGUGGAGGACGACAAGAGGCAUGGCCGGUUCAAGCGGUCCAACAGUGUGACGGCGGCAGUGCAAGCCGACCUGGAGCUGGAGGGCUUUCCAGUCCACAUGGAGGACAAGGGCCUGCAGUUCGGCGGUGCCUUCCAGAGGCACUCGGAGCCCAGCACUCCAACACAGUACGGGGCUGUCCGCACCGUGCGCACGCAGGGCCUCUUCAGCUACCGCGAGGACUACCGUACACCCGCCGAGCCGGUCAGCAGCCCGCGGCCCGAGCCCUGGCCCACAGAGGUGGCCCGUGAGCCUGGCGACACCGGACGCCUCUCACCUGGCCGCCGUGAUGGCAGCUGGUUCAUGCAGCUGCUUCACACUGAAACCAAGAGGCUGGAGGCCUGGUGCAAGGAGAUGGAGCGCGAGGCGGAGGAGAAGGACCUGUCAGAGGAGAUUCUAGGUAAAAUCCGGAGCGCCGUGGGCAGUGCACAGCUCCUCAUGUCCCAGAAAUUCCAGCAGUUCUACUGGCUCUGUCAGCAGAACCUGGACCCCAGUGCCAUGCCCAGACCGACCUCUCAGGACCUGGCCGGAUUCUGGGACCUCCUGCAGCUGUCCAUCGACGACGUCACCGCCAAAUUUGACGAGUUGCAGCAGAUCAAGAACAAUGACUGGAGGCUCAUGGAGAUCCCAGAGAAGAAGCUGCCACCCCCUGUACCAAAGAAGAGCCUGAAAGGGCGGAUGGGCGUGAUGCGGGAGAAGUCGCUGGACCUCCCGGACCGCCAACGGCAGGAGGCGCGGCGCCGGCUAAUGGCGGCCAAGCGGGCGGCCUCCUUCCGGCAGAGCUCAGUGGCUGAGCGUGCCGACAGCAUAGAGAUCUACAUCCCCGAGGCCCAGACCCGCCUCUGAGGGUGCCCCCCCCCUCCUUUCUGGUCUCCCAGCUGGCCCCCAUUUUCUGUCCUCACUUACGCGGUAACAAAUUUGUGUUGAUCCCAGCUAAAACACAAAGAUAAUAUUUAUCUAACCGUCUCGUGUUAAUACGCUACUCUACCCCCACCCACCAUUUUGCCCCAGCCACCCUCCAUCACCCUUCCCCCAUACAGUAGCAGCUUAUUCUCCAGUCAGUGACAUGUGUAUCUGACAAAACAGCAGUGAAGAGCUGACUGUGUUCUGGUACCUUUCAGCGCUAACACCCCUGUAGUGUUUACCUAGCAGGUGUGGGGAGAUGAGUUCUAGGCCCCCGUCAGGCCUUCUCAGAGGCCCACCAGCACUGGGGGAGGGGGGCUUUGGGCUAGAAUCUAAGAUGGGGUGAAUACUCAGCUUUUCGAGCCUGUAUAAUUAGCUCUUAGUAAGCGAGGGGGGUUCGAAACCUGUUUAGUUUACGAUUCUUUGGAAUUCGACCAGGAAAACUGUCCUAAAAUCCGUGCCACGGCUCAAGCAACCUCCGGAAAGGUGCGGAGGAGUUUGAGAAUGCCAAGGCAUCAUCCUCUGUCUAUCCUGCACCUCCAUUCUAUCACUUAGGCACCUGUAAAUAAUACCGCUUCUGUUUUCAAUCAUUCCGCCUCGACGCUGCAACAAGAUAUCUUGUGGGCGGAGUCACAAGUCAUAUAGUUCUGUACAGUAAAUAAUGAAUGAAUAAUAUUCCUGUUCGUAUUUCCAAGGGAAAUGUUAGCAGUGAAGCCCACUCAAUAUUGUUGCAAUUGAAUUGCAAUGGUACGAAGACUUCAAUUACGUUGGUUUUUACCUCACGUGGUCCGAUUUUCCCUCCCUCUCGAUUCCUGCACUUGUAGCAUUUAAAUACCGUGCGAAAAUGCAUAAUAGAUGCUUCGAUCAGCUGCUGGCUCAAAGCAGAAUGCGGUGCAAGCAUCUCCCUUUCCCAGAGAAUGGUGCAUUCGUGUCACGUGGACUUGCCGAAGGUCAGCCAAGUACUUGUGUCCAGUCUUAAUGAGGAUGGGAGGAGAGUUCUGAUUCUGCUAAGGGUGUUCUCAACCUGCGAAUCAAUGGACCUCCCUCACUCCCACAGGGAUAAAGUUAGCUACGUUGGGCAGGGUGGGGGUUCCACAUGUAUUCUAAGAAGCCAAAAAUAGAGUACGCUAAUGUUGUUCAGCAUGAGAAGAAAACACAUUGAUUGACCCACCUGAACUGCUAGACUAGCAGGACGCAACUGAUGCCAGCACCCGUCUGGAGAAAGGACUGGCCCUGGCAGGAGAAAAUCUGAGAAUGACAUGACGCUGGCGUGCCACUCUGCCCCCUGCUGAUGCAGGUCUGGGAACGAGCUAUGUGAACCCAGAACACGUCCCGAAAGCUGCACAAAAUUGGAAAAAGAUCACGCCGGUCGAGCUAGCUGAAUGUGUGUAGAGACCGGUUCUUGCAAAGUCAGAAUGAACUGGAAUAUCCUUUUAACGUCUUCAAUGCUAAUCUGCACAUUAAGACCUUAAAUGUAAUUUUGCCACUGUAGUCUGAGUCGAAUAUUACUUAGAUAGGCUCAAACAAUUUUAAACUACUUCGAGAUUAAUCAACAGAUGAAAUGGUGCUUCUUUGUACUCUUGGGUCUUGUCUGAUCCAAUCUUAGGUAAACAAUUUAAGCCACACGAAUUGAAUGGCGGAAUUUGUUCAUUUCGUAUACAAAUACAUCUGUAAAGAGUUUAUUUUUUGGCAGAGGAAAUUGUCUAGUGUUCACGUCAAUGUAUUUGUCCAUUGCAUUAUGAUUUUUAUGGUCACUGUGUGGCAACGGCCGAGUGCCAAGUGGCAAUACCAGGGCACGGAGUGUCAUGUGUCCAAUCGGGAUGUCGGCAGCAGCUGCAGACAGACUUACAUGAAGGUGACCACAUGCACCUGGUGGUUGGUGGUCACACCAGCCCUGCUGCAACAGGCCCAUAAUGAAUACUGCUGAGUUUUGAUCUGAGAGACCCUUAGGCCUUGAUUCAAACAGCAUUUCUUUUCCUUUUGCACUGAUCUGCUGUCAGAUUUAUGCCAUCCCUCGGAACUGCCGGGAAUCAAUACAGUGUAUGGGGGCAGGGAAUUGCAUAAACUCUAAGCAUGUGUGAGAACUGAUGGGAAAAGCCCCCCUGUUUGUGUGUUUUAUGAGGUCGUCAGCCACCCAUCGAAGCCACUCGGCCUCGCAUCUUUCACACUUGGAUUAAUUGCUAGUCUUGUGUCCUCGGUUGCAUGUUUUUAUACAGGUUAGAAAUAUUUUCACAUACUGUGUACCGGAAUGACUUGUUAAGCUGAGAGGGCCACAAAGGUGUGAAUGACUAAUAUUAGGAAGUCUCAGUUCUGAUCAGAUUCAACAACGUGUAUCCUGGAAAAUCACGAAUCUGCCUUGUGUGAGAUGUGUGGGUGUUAUUGUGUUUCUGCUACCACUGGCUGGUGAGGGAUUCAGACAUUGGCUUUUUAGAGUCAUGUGACCAUUUCCGUUCUAGCAGUCAUGCUUAACGGCUGACAGUGGGCUGUCUGCAAUGGAAUAAUGCAGUUGUGAUUAAAAUAUAAUUAUCCACUCGUUUAACCUAAUCCAGUCCCCCCCAUUUUUGUAAAUGUGUGCUUAAUUUACCAGACAGCCUUAAAGUCAAACUUAAGCAAAAAUGCCUAUGAAUGUAUGGGUCACAAGGUGCAGAAUCUGUGAAAAAUAAAGUAACAAAAAUUCAAGGGAAUUAAUAAAUUAAAGGGCCAUUGUUCUGUUUUCCCUUUCCGAUUUUCAGGUUUCAAAGAUAAGGCCCAUGCGUGAGUCAUUUCAAUAGAGGCAGACCGUCACUGAAGCUUUCUAGGACUGUGUCCAAACCCCAAAUCAUGCUCAUAGCCAAGAUGUAAUCAUAAAUCACUCUGCCAAAAAUGACAGAAGGUAUAUGUGUGUGCUAAGCCGUCCGUCUGAGACCUGUUAUCGUCAAGGGACUUUUCUCAACAUCAUGUAGAUCAAACCUUGGACACGCAGUCGUUUCUGUAACAUGCAGGGUUUGUGCGUUUAUAUCCAGGACCAAUCAUCUGCUGCUAUCAAAGCUCUACACACAUACUACUUUGCAGAGAUGCUGCACAGACAGCGAAAAGUUAACAUCUAGUGUACAUGCAUUUUAUUUGAGUCUGCUGUAAGGGCGUACGUGAAUCAUUUAUCCUAAGCUCUCGUUCAGUGUCACUUACCUGAUAGUCAAGCGGAAAUAUCUGUCUCAAUACCGGCACAUAAUUACUGCUCAGCACUUUGUGAAGAAAAAACCUUACGUCAGCCAUGUUAUUUUGUGAGUGCAGAGAUGGAGCUUAAGGCUUUUGCAACAUUCCCCACGGAAUUUAACCAAAAUUUAACUGAUUGUUGAUUAGCUUCCACAGAAUUUAUUUGGUACAAUUAUCGGCGUUUUAGGGGAUCAAAAAAGAGGAGAAUUUUUUAUUUUAUGGAAAAUUGAUUGACGAGUUGAAGUCAACACGUGUCAGAGUAUUUAUGUAUAUUUUUCAAAUGCCAUAAAUUCUUCAUAUUCGUUUUUAUUUAUGCUAAGGUUAAGCUGUGCUGUAAAUAUAAAUUGUACAGAUGAGGAGAGAUUUUUUCGGUGCCUUAAAGAUUGAAAUAUUAAACCUAAAAUAAUUCUCUAAAGUUUGAAAAAUAAGAACUUUAAAUACUAAUGGAGAAUUGCCCUUAAUGUAACUGUCAUUUAAGCUGUUAUAUCUGAAUAGGAAUAAAAGUUUUGCCACAUAAAAGCAAACAAUCAAGAAGUCAGACGUCAGAGAUUUAGUUUUUGCUAAACAACUAAAAUGUCAGGGAGGAGUGGAUAUGAUAAACCUGACGGUUUGAUAAAGAAAAUCGCGAAUGACAGAUGAGGAUAUUUCCAUAAAAAAUAACGCACUUUUUAACACAGCCUAACAAUACAUUUUCAAUGACAGUAGAACAAGGACUGGGAUGGAUGGGGGGAGGGGUGGCCAGCGUUAAAUGCUUUCGACUGUGCAUUCAUAGAUACGCAGAGAAUCAUGGCCAACAUGAUAAACUGCCAAUUAUUUUUUUUGCGUCAUAACACAGAGUUUUCAGUAUCGGUACCAAGAGUCCGUAGUGAAUGCAGAAAUGCACUGAUGACGUCAUGAUUCGAGGGAACCUGUGGUCCCGGGGGGGAUGGCCAAGCUGUCGGACCAUUCAAAUAGCUGCUACAAAACCGAGCACUUUGAUGCAUCAUGCUACCUAGGCAUGCUAGAAAGGGCUCAGAUGCGUUCUUCCUGUCGUCACUAGUCAGGUCAGGCUAAUCCGCUAUUUGUUGUUUCAUUUCACACACGCAGGUCGGACCAGAGUGUCCAUGUCAAAUGUUUGGGACGUGCCGCAGCCGGACAUUCCCGUCCUCUUUUGGGUUUGCUGCACACGCAUUUACUGUGCUUGGAAAAAAAUCAAACAAAAUGAUCGUAAUCCAAAGUUCCUGAAGAUUAGCGCCUUCUAGCCCUGUUUACUCCAAUUUGACUUCAUUAUCUGUUCAUGUGAGAAGCUGAGGAUCAGACUAAUUGUGAUGGGAAAAUGAUACAGGAAUAGGAUAGAAUAUACAGAAAGGAUGUUGUCUUUUUACAGUGUCCUAUUUACAAUGUAUACAUAUAAUAAUCAUCGUGUGAUACAGAGGAUGUAGCUACAGAGGGCUGUAAAGAGUUAACAACUGUGCAUAUCUGCAUAACCUGAUGAUAUAUUGUGCCAUAUGUAGUUUUCCUGCUUUUCCGUUUUGGAAAUCACCCAGGGGUCGCCGUCCACUUUAUUUAGGCUUCUGCUCUUUGAAGGACACGGAGCGGCUGUGUUACGCGGACCCGUCGAGCGCGUUUAUGUGUCUGGUUGUUCCGUUCAAUGCAGCACCACUCUUCUUCUCUCUCGCGCUGGAGCUGGUCUUUACGUUAAUUCUUGCACCGUGUUUGACACCCUGCGCGCUUUUCUGUGCCAGUGUAAAAUGUGCAUAAUGUUUAUAUGUUACAAGUUAUCAUUUAUUUCUUUUACGGAAAAGAUCUUUCCUCUCAAAGGCAUUUUAAUACUCAAGUACUUCUAGUAUAUUUAUGCUAAGAAAUAAGCAUUAAACCCACCGACGUAGCUCUAAUUUUACUGUAAAAUUAGCUGUGCCUGUCAGAAUUUGUCAGCAAGGGUGAAAACAGAGAAAAUCGCUGUAAUAUAGUUCUCAUUAUAUUAUUUUAUUCUCCUCACCUUGGCUAUAAACUGUGCGUAGUGUAUAAAUGGGUGGCUCUUUCAGCGUUACAGGAAAAAGCUGAUUAAAUCAGGGGAAUGUGCAUAUUUAGCAAUAAUAGUCUUCUGUAGAAAGCAGCAGAAUAUACUGUUAAGCUUCACCCCCUGAGAAUCUGUAUGAGCGGAUAAUUAUAGUUUCCAUUCACUGAACUACCGGUAAACAAGUUAAAGUGCGUUCAGAUGAAGACCACAUAACGUGUUCACCAUCGUUCUGUUUUUUUUCUAAUGCAAUUGCUGAUACAUUAAUUGUGCAUAAAUAUGUGCACAAACUUAUAGCGAUAGUCAUUUCAACUCGAGUCCACCUAAAAUGCUUUUAGAGAGGAAGAGCUUUGGGCAUUUUUUUUUCUUUUCUGAUUAAACAUGAGUUACCAUCUGGACAAAUGUACACCACCUCCUAGAUCAUGGAAUGUGAAACAAUAAGUAAAAGGUAGAUGUUUAGUAAAACUAUUUUCAAUUCUUGAAUAUCAUAUCAAUAAAGAUGAAUAUAAAUGCCAAAAAUUCAUAAUUUGUAAAGAAAUAUAGACAUAUAGAAAUAUAUAAAUAUAUGCUUAGUUUAAAUCAAACUUUUCGCUUGUGUUUUAAUUAUAAUAAUUAUAAUUUGCAUUAUAAUAAAUUAUAAUUUGCAUUACUUUGAAUGAGUCAUGAUGGCAUGCAAGACACUAAUAUUGAAUGUAUGAGUUUUCACGUUUUCGUUUAGAAUAAAUAUUUUAUCUAUAUGUCAUUUUAUUUAUGUGUUUAUUUACUGUCAUUUUAGCUUUGAAUAUUACCAGCAGGUCUUACAUUUCAAUUUUACUGUCAUUAUAGAUUUAUUUUACUGUGCUUUAAGUGUUUUGCAUCAUUUCAUGUUUUUAUGAAUCUGGCUCUUUAAAUAGUUAAAGCACUGCUAUUCAUCUGUAAAUAUUUCUGCAAUUAAAUUUUCUAAGAAAAUGUUAAA